AUGAGCAGCCCACGGCCCGCCGCCGGAGGAGGAAUUCCCGAGGUGGAGAUCAUCUCCCAGCCGGGGGACGAGGACGCCAGGAGCACUGCCGCGGGGCAGCUGGCGAACUUUGCCUAUCGGGACUUGCCCCUGGCCCCAGGCGACCUCUCCACGGCGGGCUCGCAGCUCCUGUCGAACCUGGACGAGGAUUACCAAAGAGAAGGGUCCACCUGGCUGAGGCCGUGCUGCGGGAAGAGAGCAGCCGCGUGGCAGGUAUUUUUGCUCAGUGCCAGUCUCAACAGUGUCCUGGUAGCCUGUGUAAUAUUGGUGGUGAUUCUGCUGACCCUGGAGCUGCUAAUAGAUAUAAAGCUUCUCCAGUUUCCCAGCGCCUUCCAGUUCGCCGGGGUCAUUCACUGGAUCAGCCUGCUCAUCCUCUCCGCCUUCUUCUCCGAGACUGUCCUCCGCAUCGUGGUGCUUGGGAUCUGGGAUUACAUCGAGAACAAGAUCGAGGUGUUUGACGGGGCCGUGAUCAUCCUGUCCUUGGCCCCGAUGGUGGCGUCCACUGUGGCCAACGGGCCCCGGAGCCCCUGGGAUGCCAUCAGCCUCAUCAUCCUGCUCCGCAUCUGGAGGGUGAAGAGGGUCAUCGACGCGUACGUCCUGCCCGUGAAGGUGGAGCUGGAGCUGGCCAUCCAGCAGUACGAGAAGGCCAAGGUCGUGCAGGACGAGCAGCUGGAGAGGCUGACGCAGAUCUGCCAGGAGCAGGGGUUUGAGAUCCGGCAGCUGCGGGCGCACCUGGCCCAGCAGGACCUGGACCUGGCCGCCGAGCGGGAGGAGGCGCUGAGGGCGCCGCAGGUGCUGCGGCCACGCAGCCGCUACCACGUGGUGGAGGCCACGGCCACGGAGGGCGUCGUGGAGCAGCUGCAGCCCUCGCCAGACAGCGGCGUCCCGGACCCGGCCGUGUGUGUGGUCACCACGGCCGCCAUAGACAUCCACCGGCCCCACGCCUCCUCGGACCUCUUCUCGGGGGACGCGCCCCUGAAGCUGCGCAGCCAGGGCGCCUGGGGGAGCUCGGCCUCGGCCUCCGCCUCGGAGAGCGCGUCCUGCUCCACGGGCAGCUCCGCCGCCGGCGCCCAGAGCGACAGCAGCCAGACCCUCUGCUCCUCCCGCGCCUGCAGCUCGGCCCGCGAGCCGUCCUCUGAGCCCAGCCCCCCCCGGCCCCCGUCACCUGCCCCCCAGCAGCACGCGGCCGAGACCACCAUCCAGGACCUGCUGUCCUCCCUGUCGGAGGACCCCUGCCCGUCCCAGGGGGCCUGGGACCCGGCCCCCUUGGCCCAGCCCUGCCCAGUGGGCUCCGCCCAGACCAGCCCUGAGCGGGAGCACCGGGUCAGCCUGCUCAACCGCAGGAACCAGGAGGCCUUCCCCGGCCUGCAGCUCCGGCCCCCGCUCCACUUCCAGGCCGCCCCCGCGCUGCACAGGUUCUCGCCGCUGGAGUCCAAAGAGCAGACCCUGCACAGGGGCCCGGAAGCCUAGCGCCCGGUGGGCUGGGGAGAAGGGCCGCCAGCCCGGCCCGAGGCCGCCCCGGGCCACACAGGGACCCAGGAGCCUCGGGUGCUGCCUGCCUCCAGGGAGGGGAGGCCAGGCCGGAGGAC